CGGCGUGUCCCGCCGCUCCCCCCGCUGGCAGGCGGGCGCCAUGACGCACUGAAGGCAGGCUCGCGCCCUCAGAGUUGUCCGCCUGGGCCAUGGCUGACCCCGCCCACUCGGACCUCAUCGCCAGGCACUACAACUACACGGGAAAGUUCCGCAAGUCGGACGGGGGCUCGGGCCUGAAGGCCGACUCGGUGGUCUUCAUCGUGGUUUGCUGCCUGAUCGUGCUGGAGAACCUCCUGGUCCUGGCCACCAUCUGGAGGACCAAGAAGUUCCACAAGCCCAUGUACUACUUCAUCGGGAACCUGGCGCUGUCCGACCUGCUGGCGGGCGUGGUCUACACGGCCAACAUCCUGCUGUCGGGCGCCAACACCUACAAGCUGACGCCCACGCAGUGGUUCCUGCGCGAGGGCUCCAUGUUCGUGGCGCUGGCGGCGUCCGUCUUCAGCCUGCUGGCCAUCGCGGUGGAGCGCCACCUGACCAUGCUGAAGAUGAAGCUGCACAACAGCGGCAGCGCCAGCCGCGUCUUCCCGCUCAUCAGCGCCGUGUGGAUGGUGGCGGCGCUCCUGGGCGGCCUGCCGCUGAUGGGCUGGAACUGCAUCGGGCAGCUGAGCCACUGCUCCACCGUGCUGCCGCUCUACCACAAGACCUACAUCCUCUUCUGCACCACCGUCUUCAGCGUCAUCCUCAUGGCCGUCGUGGCGCUCUACGCCCGCAUCUACGCGCUGGUGCGCGCCCGCAGCCGCCAGCUGGUCUUCCGCAAGGCGCCCAACGGCGGCAAGAGCUCGGAGAAGUCCAUGGCGCUGCUCCGGACCGUCAUGGUGGUGCUGAGCUGCUUCAUCGCCUGCUGGGCGCCGCUCUUCGUCCUGCUGCUGCUGGACGCCGCCUGCCACACGCUCCACUGCUCCAUCCUCUACAAGGCCGAGUGGUUCCUGGCGCUCGCCGUCCUCAACUCCGCCACCAACCCGCUCAUCUACACGCUGACCAGCAACGAGAUGCGCCGCGCCUUCCUCAAGACGCUGCUCUGCGGCUCCGCCCGCGUCCGCGCCGCCGUCAGCUACGUCGGGGCGGAGUUCAGCCGCAGCAAGUCGGAUAACUCCUCCCACCCCAACAAGGAGGAGGUGGAGUACACCCGGAGGGGGGCGAGGGCGGCCGAGGUCGCCUCUUCCUCGUCCUAGAAGUCGCCUUGCCGCCGGUUUGACCUGCAAACGUCCCCGAGGAAAACCUUGGUCAGGUAACCCCGGCAGGUGAGUCCACAGCCCCCCCUGCCGCCUUUUUGACGUACCUCUCCGUGUUUACGUGUAGCCAAUCGACUAUUCUAUCGUUUUUCAUUCCUGGUCUUCGUGUCAGCCCUGAAGUCACUCGGGAUUUGUACAGCGCCCAACUUUCCUACUUCCUGUCUGCUUGUCCGUAGUGAUGGCGUUUGCAUGUCGCCAUGGUAACCGUCAAUAAAUUGUCUGUGUUUAACCUUCCUAGCGUUUAAUAAAGACACAAUAAGUAGAA